ACAGCGAAUAAAUACCACCGAAGAAGAGGAAAGGCGCACCUUCUGUUUUGCCGAAAAAUAAGUUGGAGCUGUUUCACUUUACUGAAGAUUUUAGCUAGCUUACUAUAAUAUCAUUCGAAAUGGACGGCCAGCGCUGGUUGCCACUGGAAGCCAACCCAGAUGUGAUGAACCAAUUUCUGCGACAGUUGGGUUUGCUGCCGACCUGGCAGUUUGGCGACGUGUAUGGGAUGGACCCAGAGCUUUUGAGCAUGGUGCCCAGGCCUGUGUGUGCUGUCCUGCUGCUUUUCCCUGUCACAGAGAAGUAUGAGUCUUUCAGGCUAGAGGAGGAGGCCAAGAUCAAGGCCCAGGGCCAGGAUGUCUCCCCAGAUGUCUACUUCAUGAAGCAGACAAUCGGCAACGCCUGUGGAACAAUAGGCUUAAUUCACGCUGUAGCCAACAACCAGGAACAUCUGGAAUUUGAGACUGACUCUCCACUGAAGAUGUUCCUGGUUCAGUCCACUAAACUGAGCCCAGAGAACAAGGCCACCUUCCUGGAGAAAGAUGAGAGCAUCCGUGUUACACAUGAAUCUAGUGCACAGGAAGGACAGACCGAGGCACCAAGCUUGGAUGAAAAAGUGGACUUGCAUUUCAUUGCCUUUGUGAAUGUUGGGGGACAUUUAUAUGAACUGGAUGGCCGCAAGCCUUUCCCCAUUGCCCAUGGGAAAACAUCAGAAGUCCGCUUUCUUGAGGAUGCAACAGAGGUGUGUAAGACAUUCAUGGCUCGGGACCCCCAGGAGCUUCGCUUCACAGUGGUGGCCCUGUCCAAGGCAUGAACACGGCACUCGCCGAACAAGAGAAGAAAACACGACUGCCAAUCAUUCUCAAGUGCUGAAUUUUGUUAGCUCAUUAGCAUUUUUACUGAAUAGGUUAGCAUGUGGUAUGAUGACAAAAGGUUAACUGUAAAAAUAUAUAUAAUUAAAGUAAGCUAAGCUUGCGAGGAAUCAGUAGCCUGACUAUAAAAACGAUUAGAUUGUCCGAUUAAAAGUUGUCAUGCAACUGAAAGUUAUUGAAGUGUGUGCGAUCACUACUUCCCCAUUGCCCCUUAGUACUUUGAAUGAUUUAGGCUGAAGUUGCUCCGAGACACUGUCCUUGGGUCAGUUUUGCAACCCAACUAAUGGGUAAGGUGAUCCUAAAUCUGUACCUAGGGAAACCUUCACCCACCCCAGAUCACUUACAACACUGCAGUAUUACUGUAGUGGUAAUUGAGCUUUCAGUUGGACUAUUCUGACCCUGCACUAAAGUAUACAGGCCAUUAGGCACUGGACAAUUGCUCUGAUUUCCAAACUCGUGUAACCUUUCAAAGAUGAUACUGACAGCUGUGGUAAGGUGUAUGCAAAAACUCAAUUCUAACAGGAUUUUUUUUUUUUGUAUUCCUCUGCAGAAAUUAGAAAUACAGAAAAGCGUCCAUUUCAUUGGCUUGCAAUGUAUUGAACAACGUAUUUAAAGACCCAAUGCAGAUGUUUUUUUUCUCUAUUAAACCAUUUCUCUAACAAUUAAGUACCAUACUUAAUUUUCAAUUAAAAUUAUAAAAAAGAAAACCGAAAUUGCUUCUUAGCAAUUAGGUCUGUUCAAAAAGCUCUUACACCUAACAGGGAAUUAUCAUUUUCACAGUACUAUUCCAACCUCAUUGUGUGGAAAUGUAUAUAAAACAGGAAAAUCAGUUUUGACUGCAAUGGGCCUUUUAAGUAUGUUUUGAUUGAUUGACAUGGGGAGUGGUAAAAAGACGUGAUAUAGCUACUACCACUGACAUGGUGCCUACCUUUUGUAAAAACUGGCAAAUUAAAAUACCAAAAUGGU